CCUCCUUAUCCCUCUCGGUAAUUAGUAGGAGGAAAAAAAAAAACCUAACUACGAAAAAAAAAAAGAAUUCGAUUAAACUUCAUUCCAUCUUUCGAUCUCGAGAAAGAGAGGGAAAAUGAGCGGGAGCGGGAGCGGGAAGAAGGUGGUGGAGACGGCGGCGAAGGCCGCGAGGUCUAUGAUCGAUUGGGACGGCAUGGCCAAGGCUCUCAUCACCGACGAGGCUCGCAAGGAGUUCGCUAACCUCCGUCGAUCCUUCGACGAGGUUAACAAUGAUCUGCAGACUAAGUUCAGUCAGGAACCUCAACCAAUCGACUGGGAGUAUUACAGAAAAGGAAUCGGCUCCCGUCUGGUUGAUAUGUACAAAGAAGCUUAUGAUAGCAUCAAGAUCCCAAAGUAUGUUGACACUGUGACUCCUGAGUACAAACCCAAGUUUGAUGCUUUGUUGGUGGAGCUGAAAGAAGCCGAGCAACAAUCGCUGAAAGAGUCAGAAAGAUUGGAGAAGGAAAUUGCUGAAGUUCAAGAAAUGAAGAAAAAGAUCAGCACCAUGACAGCAGAUGAGUACUUUGCAAAGCACCCUGAGCUCAAAAAGAAGUUCGACGAUGAAAUACGAAAUGACUAUUGGGGUUACUAAACACUGGAGUUCUUUACUUGUCGCCUUGUAAUCUUUGGCGCUUCCAAUAAAAUUUUCCCUCUUCACUUUGUACUAGUGGUGACUGUUGUUUAGCUCUCGCUGGCGGACUAUUUGGAAGUUUUGCUUCAUUGUUUAUGUUAUACCUCAUCCAGCGUUGGGGCUCCCUGACGUUGAAUUCCUGCUUAAAAUGCAAGUUGUGUUUCUCAACAUCUUUCUCUGUUUACUGAGAAGGAAAUAAGAUAUGCAAGAACCACUAUAACAUGUUUUACUC